CUAAGCAAGUUAUGCGCCUCCAUACUUCUGUUCUGGUUGGAAGAGCACACGACUGCUAUCUUCAACUUUGCGCUCAUCUCCAUCGAUCGCUCACGCACACUGAGAAUAGUCUGUACACAGAAUAUGUACACGUAUAGAAACCCUCUACACCCAGUAGAGAGUAGUCCUUUCUCAGUGGCUACGGCCAAACUCCUCGAACUUGUACGCCCCUGAUCCGGCAAGUGGUGUCUCGCCCCUAUAAAACGCUAAUCUGCCCAGACUUCCGGCUCAGAUUGUAUCCAGAAAGAGACUUUCAGCAGCCGGAUAUGUGUUAGCGUCGUCAGGGAUCUUUUCACCGCCUCUACAGAAGAGAGAAGAAGUCCUGUUUCUUGUGCGUUGUUUUUCCUGCGUCAAGCUAGCUUUGCGGUCAGCAGUUCUAAUUAUCCGAAAUUUAGCACGUGAUUAUUGUAAAAUCGUAAUAGGCCUACUCGUUCUUUUUUGUGUGAACCCGCGCCGCCCUUUAUACUCGGGCUGUUUUACGACGGACCUGACUCGGACAGGAGAGUUCUCACUCGUCUUGGGGUACACUGGAGCACUGGAGAGUGUUGACCUACAAUUGUAACUAGCGGGAACGAAAUUUGAAAGCCGGCUUGGCGCUUUGCAAAGAUGAUGGACUUCAGUAGUUUCCCUGGUGUGGGUGCCGGAGUCGGCCACACCGUCGGGGCUGUGCCGAUGAUCCCCAAGCUAUCGAGGGGAAUAAUGAGACGAAAUGUUGACUACACUUCGUGCGUCAUAACUCAUCUAGAAAACCGGACCUGGCAGAGAGGGAAGAGAGACAGACCCAUUAUCCAGCCUGACAUGGCCUAUGUCACCAAGAUGGUAGCUCCAGUAGGCAGUGUGGAGGAUCCGGUGACCGCCAUAACCACCAAGUUUGUCAAGACUGUCUACAACAAACAGAGAUGUCCCAUCUUCUGCACAAAAUGGGCUCCAGAUGGAAGGAGACUGAUAGCUGGAGCAGCGAGUGGCGAGUUCUCUCUCUGGAACGGAGUCAACCUCAACUUUGAGGCUCUCAUGAAAUCUCACGAGGCGUCAGUCCGCAGCAUGGAGUGGAGCCACAACGGGAUGUGGAUGGCGACGACAGACGACAGAGGGACGGUCAAGUAUUGGCAGUCCAAUAUGAACAACGUGCACAGCUUUCAGGCGCACAACGAGACUAUUCGAGGCUGCAGUUUUUCACCAACGGAUGCCAAGUUGGCCACUUGCUCUGAUGACGGCACAGUUCGAGUGUUUGACUUUCUCCGUUCCUCCGAAGAGUUCAUUCUGCGAGACAUGAGCACAUUUACCUGUGACUGCAUAGGUCACGGUGCCGACGUCAAGUGUGUGGAUUGGCACCCGAGAAAGAACCUCCUGGUGUCGGGAAGUAAGGACAAUCAACAACCUGUGAAGCUCUGGGACCCAAAGGCAGGCCAGAGCGUCUCCACAAUCCAUGCCCACAAGGCGGCGGUCACGUCUGUGAGGUGGAACCAGAACGGGAACUGGCUCCUGACCGCGUCCCGAGACCAUCUCAUCAAGCUCUACGACAUACGGACCAUGAAGGAAAUGGAGGUUCUGAAAGGACACAAGUCAGACGUUAACACUGUGUCGUGGCAUCCAAUACAUGAGAAGCUGUUUGCCAGUGGAGGUUCAGAUGGUGCCAUUCUAUUCUGGCUUGUCGGAAACAAGAGGGACAUUGGAGGGAUGGAGUCACCUCAUGACAGUUUUGUAUGGAGCCUAGCCUGGCAUCCUCUGGGACACAUGCUGUGUUCUGGGUCUAACGAUCACACCUGCAAGUUUUGGUGUCGCAAUCGACCUGGAGACGAGAUGAAGGAUCGACACUCUUCUGGCGGCUUGCCUGUUGAGGAAAUGGCUGAGACAGAUGUGUUUGAAAGUGUGAAUCUGCCGCAGUCGGGCAACAACAUCUCUCUCCCGCCUCCAGCCAAGAACCUUGUUGGCUCUGUCGGUCUUCCAGGGAAGACUACCUGGACUUCAGGCCAGGGUCCCUCGUCCUCCGUUGCUGACAAGCCUGCUGGUAAUUUCCCACUGCAAGUUCUGGGAGCUGACAUCAUCAAGGAGCAGUUUGGAGAACCGGGGGUACCGCCCCCCGGGGGCCAAAAUGAGAAACCCGAACCUUCAAAAUCUGGGCUUUUCAUGCACUUGCAGGGUGGGGAAGGGAAAGAGGGUAGGCCCCCGCCACCUGGAGAAUUCGGGUCCCCUUUUCAACAGUCCCCAGGAUUUCCCCCUCAUCAGAACCCUUCCCCUGGUGGGGGUGGACUGGGGUCGCCAGAUGUGAGGGGUCCACCGUUAGGGUUCCACGGCCCCCGGGGCCCCCCACCUCCAAUGCAGCAGCAACAGGUGCACGGUGGUGGGAGAAGAGAUUGGGGGGAAGGGGGUCCAGAUUUUCGGCCCCAAUUCCCACCUCGUGACUUUUCCUCACCUCAUCGGCAUUUUAGACCUAACAAUCAACUGGCGUCCAACCCCUUUAGCUGGCAGAGGCAAGAUCCAAACAGAGAUCGGGCGACCUUUGAAGAGGAAGCAGGAGGAGGAGGAGGAGUAGGAGGGAUGCACCGGUUUAACGAGGGGCACAACCCGUACGUGUAUCGACGCGAAGAGGGGAGACUGAGGGACCCGCGAGAGCAGAGAGCUCCUCUGCCCCCUGGGAGAGGUGGUGGGGACACGGAGGAAGUUAGGAGGCAGUCUCAAGACGAGGAGGGCCCUGAGUGGCACAACAGGGGACCCCCACCUUCACACGGGUGGCAACAAAGACAGGAGGAUGUUCGUGGAGUUGGAGGUCCGCCACCAAGGGGACCAGAGUUUCACAACAGGGAGACCAAACCCCCAACCCAGGAACACUUUGAUCAACACCGGGGGCCGGAUUUUGGGCCCCCGCAGCGGGACCGUAAUGUGGAGGAGUUUCCACCCGUGACUCACCACCGUAUGCAGGAGAGACAGGGAAUGGGGACGCAGAACCAGCUGCCGUUUAGAGAGGGUGAGAACUGGCGUCCUCAGUUUCAUCCUGAGAGACCCCUACAGGAGGGACCGCAGCACAAUUUCCAGGGGCGACCCCCACCUCAUCAGGGACCAAGAUUUCCUCACGAGGAACCCCGUCUACCCCCUCGAUCUGAGCCACAUGUUCCCCAUCCAGAGCAUGAAACGGGGGGACCAAUCACACCAACCGGGGUUGUUCCCCCACAGGGGGGCGAGGAAAGAGGAGCACAUGUGCAUGAUCCACGAUCUCAACGUCCUCCGACCUCACAACCUCUCCCGUUUCCUCCCAAUGAUCGCCAGCAACGUCUCCCCGAGGUUCCCCCAAAUCAGGUCCCCCAGAAUCAUGCUCCCCUGAAUCAACAUCCCCCAAUCUCACAGCAACCCCUGUUCCCUCCCAAUGAUCGCCAACAGCGCCUCCCUGAGGUUCCCUUAAAUCAGGUCCCCCCGAAUAAGGCUCCCCCGAAUCAACGUCCCCCAACCACACAGCAAUCCCUUUUCCCUCCCAAUGACCGCCAGCAGCGUUUUCCCGAGGUUCCCCCAAAUCGACAAAGUAGUGCAGGCCAUCCAAAUCUCCGUGAAGGGGGUCCUGUGCGUCCAAUUCACCCACAAGCAGUACACGAGCCUCCGCAACAUCAGCAGAGUGUUCGAGAUGCUCCAAUGAAGCCUCAGGAAGCUCACCACGGUCCACCAAAUGGUCCUCUGCCUCGUAUACAGCAAGGUCCUCCCCCACCAUCACAAUUUCGUGAUGGUCCCGCACAACAAAUUCCCCCCUCGCAACAGCCCAGCUCAUCACCCUCCUCAUAUGCACGAGGGACCGCCAAAGAUGCAGCUGAUGAAUCGCGACGGCCCACCUGA